GGCACGUCAUCACACGAAUGAGGCGCUAGACACAUUGAACAGGAUUGUUGUAUUUUUCUUGUAAUUUUCCAUUUCAGCACAACAUUCAAUCAUUUUCUUGGUCUUUGAGGUGUCCUUGUAAGUCGCAGCCCUGCAUUCCAAAAAGGAAGACGAGUACUUCGCCAUGAGCUCCGAUGGGGACGGUGACAUGGAGAAUCAGGCUGAGCUGGAAGAAAAGACGAGGCUUAUAAACCAGGUGUUGGAACUUCAGCACACUCUAGAAGACCUGUCGUCGCGUGUGGACGCAGUGAAGGAGGAGAACCUGAAGUUGAAGUCUGAGAACCAGGUUCUGGGUCAGUAUAUCGAGAACCUCAUGUCUGCCUCCAGCGUGUUCCAGACCACUGACACCAAGAGCAAACGAAAGUAAGCGACCAGCCAGGAACCCCCCGCCCCUUAACCAACCCACCUCCCCUGGCCCCCUGGCCCCCUCUACCUUCAACCAAAUCCCUCUUAACCCAUAUACCACUCCAUAACUGCCCCCGAACUACAGCUGGUAGAGUUUAUGCCUUUGUCAUCAUGACAACCCUAGACCCUUCCCUUACUUCACCACCUGUAAGAUUUUUUUAGUGAAGCUCAAUUUUCCAUUUUUACGUUGGGUUAUUUUUUCCCUUUUGUAUUUGUUACAGUAUUGCUGUCAUUGUUGCACAGUUGUUGUAUCCGACAUUAUGUUAUUUUGUGGUGUAUACAUUUAUUAUCUGUUACUACACAUAACCUCACCUGGAGGAAGAGACAAGGGAACUGUGUCAUUUCAGAUUGCCUUGUAGUUUGGGUUGCAAAAUUCUGGAUUUCCUGCUUAAUCUUUUUCUGGAAAACCAGGGAAUUUGGGGAAAGUUACUGAAAUGUUGCAACUCUAAGGUUAAAUCACUUAAUUUAGAGUGUCAUGUUUUAAUAUUGUUAGUCAUCAAUAUUAUUAGACUAUGGUUUUAGAUCUAGGCUCAAUUGCAAUGAUGAUUACUUCUCUCCAAUGCCAAAGUUUUCCUCAAACAAUUUGUUAAAGCAGAGCUCAGCCCUUGUAUUGUCAUUUAAUUAAUCAUUUGUGGCUUGCUAAUAUGCAUCACUGGUGGAUAAAGUUAAUUCAUUGCAUUUGUGAUCGAGGAAGUCACCCUAAACCUGCUGUGUAUGCACUGCGUCGCCGGUGUGUACAUUUGAUCGUUAUGUUGCUUUUUUCAAAUACAUUUGUUUUAAUAAAACAGUUUUAUUUACCUUUUUGA